CGUCACGUAGUUACUUGUCAUUAAAAAAAUAAAAGAGUUCCAUAUUUUCUCAUCUCGACACGAGUUCAAUUGAAAACACUUUCUUCAAAUAAAUUCCAUUUGCGAAGUUUUAUUUUUUGGCCGUGGUUAAUUUAUUUAUCGUAUGUCCAUCCAGAAUUUAAACACAUUUGACCCCUUUGCUGAUGCAAUCAAGGGUGCUGAUGAUGAUGUACAAGACGGGCUUGUACACAUAAGAAUUCAGCAAAGAAAUGGUCGUAAGACACUAACCACAGUUCAAGGGCUAUCAUCAGAAUAUGACCUGAAGAAAAUUGUCCGAGCAUGUAAGAAGGAAUUCGCAUGCAACGGCACUGUCAUUGAACAUCCAGAAUACGGUGAAGUUCUCCAGCUCCAGGGCGAUCAAAGAGAAAAUAUCUGCCAGUGGUUGACAAAAUCCGGACUGGCAAAGCCCGAUCAGCUUAAGGUGCACGGUUUCUAAGAAACCAAAAUUUACCACAAAUCGUAACAUGAGAUUUUCCAUUUAUUCAAAUAUUAUGUUAACAAAGAAUAAGGAAUUCUUCGUGUAAUGCUAAUUAAAUAAUUUUAAAAGAACAAAACAUAUAAUAAACAAAAAAAAAGAAGAAAGAAACAAAAAUAAACAAAUUCUAAAAAACAACAUAAAACAAAAAAAGAAGUUUAAAAUCAGCAAAACAAAUACAAAAUAAUAAUAAUAAUAAAAAAAAUGUUUUCACAUACAAACUAAGAGCGUGUACAUCGCUUUAUUGAUUUUCUUUUUCCUUUAAAUGAAACAAAAUAUUUAUAAUAACAUAUUUGUAAUAACUUUUAAUAAACUUUAAAAAAAAAAACAAAAAAAAAUAGAUGAACAAACAAAAACACCACCUUCACGUUAUUUGCAAAAACGCUUUCAAUCUUAUGAAACUUUAAAAUUUUGUGGAGAUUUUCUUUUCUUUUGAAACUUAACUUUUUAUGAGCUUUCCUGUUUUUUGUUUGUUUUCAUUUAAUUAGUGUUACCAUUUGUUUUCGUAUAAUUUAUAAAUCCUAACAAGUUAAUCAGUAUGAUGUUCCAUUUAAUCUCUAAUAAUACCACAGUCAAAAUUAUUGAAUUGACUGCUUGGAGUAUGAGUUAUAUAGAAAUUAAAAAAAGUAUUUAAUAAAAAAAAAAAAAACAACAAACAAGUAAAAUACUAAAGGAGAAAAUACAAACAAGUGAGUUUAUUCAUUAUUCGAGUAGGGUAAUACAUACAUAAUUUUAUUAGUUAAUAGAUAUGAAUGAAGUAAUUAAUAAAAAUAUAUUGGAACGUGAA